UUUCUUAAAUUUUUUAACUUCAAUGUUUUCCUUCAAAAUUUCAAACAUUAUAAUAAUUUGUUUAUUUGCAGUUUGCAACAAAUUCCUUCACCAAGCAUAUGGAAAUAAUACCGAUAUACAUGCAGAAAUUAAAAGUGCCAGCCUAACGGGAGCGUCUCGUUCACAUGUUGUCCAAUAUAAUAUAACAAACAGAAAUAAUUUCUGCCAGAAAUAUUCCUUUGCUAAAUUUAUGGUGUCCAUACGUAGAUACGAAAAUGAGGACAGAUUUGGUCAUACACAUUUUUGUGGUGGAGUUAUUAUACGAUCGAACUUAAUUCUCACUGCAGCACACUGUUUAAUAAGAAACAAGCAAAUAAUUCGUCCUUAUGAUAUAACAGUUGUGGCCAAGACACCCAUGAGAUUACAAAAAACUCCAGCUGCUCAAAUAUUGCGGGUAAAAAAAAUAAUAAUUCAUGAGAAGUUUGUCUAUUCGAAGCUGGACUAUGACAUAGCUUUAUUAAAACUAACCAAACAUAUACAAUUAGAUAACUGUGCUGCGGUUAUAGCAAUGCCUAAACAACGAAUUAAUGACUCCACAGCCUGUAUGGUUUUGGGAUGGGGAAAAUUAUAUCUGGCUGGUCCUUUGGCUAAUGAAGUUUUACAAUUAAAUGUAACACUUCACAGUAAGAACUUUUGUGAUUUUUUGUUGGAUAUUGGUUCAAAAAAACUAUGCGCUAGUGAUACAUACGAUCAUGAAAAACAUCCCUGUUCGGGGGACUCUGGAGGACCGCUAAUAUGUGGAGGUGUUUUAGCUGGUGUGGUAUCCUAUGGCUUUCAAUGUGGAUAUGGGCUUCCCACUGUUUACUCAGAUGUUUAUGAGUAUUCAAAUUGGAUUCAUCUAAACAAAGCUAGUUAUUUCAAUUAUUUUAAUGAAUUUUUGUUAUUAAUUGUUAUAAUUGUAGUACUGUGUAAAAAUAAAAUUUUCGAAUUCUAAUUAUUCUAAGAGUUGAA